GAGCAUCUGCCUUGUCAACCUAAAUCAUGUCUGAAAUCAAAAGUGUACGCUCAGCAAUACUCUUUGUCGCGAUCAGCUUCUUACUAGUGCCCUUGAUCGAGAGGUUUACUCUCAACACUGGCGGGGUCAUACCGUACUGGGGUCUCAUUAAAUGGCCGUCUUUUCUAUCAUCGACCAAGGUCGCCGAAGUUCCGUACCAAGUCCAGAUCUUCUCUCGCGAUCCUCUCAUACUCCACAUCAAAGACUUCCUGAGCCAAGAUGAGAUCAGGCAUGUCCUAGAUGCCAGCAACGGAAACUAUGUGACCUCGAGAGUUUGGCCGGACACCGUAGGUUAUGUGGAUCUUGACGUGCGCGUUUCUGAGACCGCCACGCUGCGAUCAGAUGAGAUUGUUAAGAGGAUCGAAAGCCGGGCAUUGCGGCUCAUGGGGUGGCGAACCGACAGCUUUGAGCUCCAAGAACUUAAAGUACAGAGAUACGGAUUCAACGGGUUCUAUACCUUUCACUACGACUGGAUGAACAACAUGAAGGAGGGCAAUAGGAUGACCACGUUUAUGAUAUAUCUCGUCGACCAGUGUACAGGUGGCGGCACGAAUUUCCCGCGACUGGAAAGGCCGAAAGAUUCGAGAUGGUGUGAGGUUAUCGAAUGCGACGAUAGUGAUAUACCCAACGACGAUGACGACGAGCACUAUGGUGGAGUUACAUUUAAGCCUAUCGCAGGCUCGGCGGUGUAUUGGGAGAACUUUCACCCCAACGGCACCCCUCACGAGGGUGUUCGCCAUGCUGGGCUGCCAGUCGCCUCGGGUGAGAAAAUCGGGCUCAAUAUCUUUUCAUGGGAUUACUCUUGGAGGCCCCAUGACGAUUAGGCGUUGGAUGUGAGAAGGAAAGGUCAGAGA